ACAGCCUGCAGCGCUGUGGACCGUCUGCACAACGCCGUGCUGCGUGGGGCCAACACACGAACCCCUCAGCAUGCAAAAGCUUUAACUUCAAGGUUUCUCCAGGAAGGAUUAUAUUUAAAUAUGAGGGUGAAUCUUUUUUUCUCUUCUUAAUUUUCUGUCCACCCCCCUGAAGCUCUUGGAGGCAGCUUUUAUAUAACUUGCCACCAAGAUGAUUUGGGCUGUUUUCGUGUUCCUGUUUUGCCUUUUGACGCCAGCGGCUGGACACGAAACAUCGCAGCGACUGCCUUUCUUUCACGGCCAUAUUUUUGAGAACUCACCCGCGGCUUCGAAAGUGAACGGACUGAGCAUCCCGGUGAAGCGCAUCAACGCGCAAAAAUGGUGCCCGGUGCCGGGAAUGCACCUCAAAGUAUACGGCGACGGCAGCCAGGAUUUCCGCGCUUUCGCCCACCACAAGCGGGGGAAUAUAUUGUUAAAAACUUCCAGGGUCCUGGACCGGGAGCUGCGCUCAGAAUACCUACUGAGAAUCGCGUUGUGCUGCCACACCUGCGCGCCAGACUCUGCGCUUGUGGAUGUAGCUUCGGUAAAAGUAAACGUUUUGGACACAAACGAUAACGAGCCGACUUUCUGUCAACCAGAAGCCGUGCACAUAACUUUAGACGACACCACUGCUAUUCGAAGUGUUGUUUACAGGGUGAAAGCUGUUGAUGCAGACAGUGGCAAGAACGCAGACUUGACAUACACUUCACUGCCCCAAAAUGGCACUUUUUAUGUCGUCCCCAAGACCGGCCAAGUUUUGCUGCUCGACUCCAUUCUGGGGCUCCAAUCCGCAGUCGAAGUCUCUAUUUUUGCUACGGAUCACGGAUGGCCUGCGCUGAGCAGCAAAUGCGUGGUGAUCACCUUUUCCCCGCGCAGGUGGCUGCAGAACGCGGGUCGAGAGAGGCCCAGGCGCGCGCCGAGAGCGUCACUUCACCCGGCGGCUUUCGUCUCCCUCAACGUGUCUGAAGAUGCCAACAUCGGCUCGGUCAUAACGAGCCUGAGUCCCAACAGGUUCCAAUCGGCCAGCUUUGAUCUCAUCUAUCCGGAUUCACAGGGCUCCCCUGUGUCCGUGGGUCGCGACAGUGGAGAUAUCACCAUCACCAGAAGGCUGGAUAGGGAGUCAGAACCCUUUGUGGAGCUCACUGUUAAGAUUCAGGAUAAACGAGGCCCUGACUGGUACUUGAACAAGGUGAAGCUGACGAUCACUGAUGUCAACGACAACGUCCCUGAGUGGAACAUGAAGCCUUACCCAUACCAGGCUGGAAUGUCCCCUGAUGCCACGGCAGGGACCUUUGUCUAUCAGCUCCGGGCCCUCGAUGGGGAUGAGGGGAGAAGCGGGGAGGUGGAAUAUUUUUUGGCUGAUGGUGGCGAUGGCUGCUUUGCUGUGGACAAGAAGACAGGCCAAGUGGUGACCACAAACCAAAUGCUUCAGAGGGACCGAGAGUACUUAUUAAGUGUAGUGGCAAUUGACGGCUUGGGCGGACGCAGUGCGCCCGCUAUGCUCUCUGUGGUAGCAGGAGCCCGACCGCCGCAGUUUACCAAUACGAGCUACUCCAUCUCCAUACCAGAGAACACGCCUGAAGGACAGCCCUUCCUAGCUGUGCUUGCCAUUUCCUUCCAAAAGCAGCCAAUUAGCUACAGCCUGCUGAUCAAUCCCAGCAGCCUUUUCAGUAUUCAGCAGGAGUCGGGGGAGAUCAGUUUGACCCGGACGCUGGAUUAUGAGAGUGACCAGCGACGCUACCUUCUGAUGGUGCGAGCCAACGAGGAUCAGGGAAGCCUGAGCACAGCUGCAGAGGUUCAAGUACUGAUAACAGAUGAGAACGACUGUGUCCCAGAGUUCCUCCAGUCCAUCUACAGCGUGGAUGGAGUUCCAGAAACGGUAACCACAGCAACAUCUCUGCUGCAGGUGAUGGCCACUGACUGUGACUCUGGGUUAAACGCUGAGCUAACAUAUUACACCCUGAGCCCGGACUUCAGCAUUUCGCCACAUGGAACCAUAUUCCCUGCAGUUCGGUUGGACUACGAGAGGCCGAACCAUCUCUAUGAAUUUGUGGUGAUGGCAGUGGAUGGCGGUGACGGGCCCCACUCCGGCACUGCCACCGUCCGUGUGAGGAUGGUUAAUGUCAACGAUGAAGCCCCAGAAUUCUCCCAGCUUGUAUAUCGAACGUUUGUUUCAGAGGAUGCAGGCCCCAACACCCUUGUCGCCACAGUCCUUGCCAAAGAUCCCGAUAGUGAUGGGAUCAACUACUCCAUAACGGCUGGAAAUGAGGAGGGAAACUUUGUCAUUGACAGCCAGAAAGGAUUGAUUCGACUCCGUUCCGCACCCCUGCCCGAGCUUCAAGGCCUCGAGUACAUCCUGAAUGUAACAGCCACAGAUGACAAUGCAUCGGGCGGGGUGCACCCACUCUCGUCCACUGCACGUGUUAUUGUGGGAGUUGAUGAUGUGAACAACAAUAAACCUAUAUUUGAAGAGUGCCAGCAAUAUCGUGAGCAGGCUUCAGUGCUGGAGAAUCAGCCAACAGGCACUUUUGUGUUACAAGUGCAUGCUGUGGAUGCAGAUGAGGGAGCAAAUGGAAAAGUCAAAUAUGGCUUAAUGCACAGAGACAGCGCCAUGCCUGCCUUCAGAAUUCAUCCAGACUCAGGAGCAAUUGUGACGGCCCAGAGGUUUGACAGGGAGCGCCAAAGAGAGUAUUCUGUUACAGUGACGGCCACUGAUUGGGCCGAGGAGCCGCUCAUUGGAAUCUGUCAGCUCACUGUCCAAAUAGUGGAUGAGAAUGACAAUAGCCCCAAGUUUGAAAACAUGCGCUAUGAGUACUUCUUGAGAGAGGAUACUCUGAUCGGCACCAGUUUCCUGCGUGUGGCAGCUCAUGAUGAUGACUUUGGCACCAAUGCAGCAGUCACUUACUCCAUGUCUACGGAGCAACCAGAAUACCUGAAGGUCAAUGCGCUCACUGGAUGGGUGUAUGUGAACCAGCCAAUAUCACAGAGAAGCUACAUCACACGGGACAUCAGCGCAACUGAUGGAGGGAACAAGAGCACCUCUGUGGAGCUGGCCGUCACUAUCACCAACGUAAAGAAUCAACCUCCACAAUGGGAAGAGGAAAGCUACAGUGUCAUCAUCCCUGAAAACACGGCCAGAGACACACCUAUAGUGACAAUCAAGGCAACUUCUCAGCUUGGUGACCCGAGGGUGACCUACAAUCUGGAGGAUGGAAUGGUCCCGGAAACAAACAUGCCAGUUCGUUUCUACCUCUCCCCCAAUCGGGAAGAUGGCUCUGCCUCCAUCUUGGUGUCUGAGCCUCUGGACUUUGAAGUGACUCCCCUUUUUUCUCUGCGAGUGCGAGCACAGAACGUGGCUGCAGUGCCGCUUGCAGCUUUCACCACAGUUUAUGUGAAUAUCACAGAUGUAAAUGACAACGUGCCAUUCUUUACAUCAUCCAUCUACGAAGCAUCAGUCACAGAGGGGGCGCAAAUAGGAACCUCAGUUCUUCAGGUGUCAGCUCAUGACAAAGACCUAGGUCAUAAUGGAGAGAUCACUUACUCUCUGCUGAGCGACAGCAGUGGUGACCAUCUUUUGUUCAGAAUAGAACCCAAUCUUGGGAUAAUCUACACAGAAGCCAUUUUUGACCGGGAGGCCCGCAGCUCCUAUUUGCUGGAAGUUCAGUCAGUGGAUGGACAAGAAUCUGCUCGGCCUGGCAAGAACAAGCAACCCAACUCAGACACGGCAUAUGUUCGAGUUUUCAUCAGCGACGUCAACGACAACAAACCGGCCUUUGUUCAGAGGCUUUAUGAAGUGGCCGUGGAUGAGGACGCAGAUGUGGGUCUGGCUGUUGUGACUGUCAGUGCUAAUGAUGAAGAUGAAGGGGCCAAUGCCAAGUUGCGCUACCAAAUAACGUCUGGCAACAAAGGUGGUGUUUUUGACAUAGAGCCAGAGGUGGGGACAAUAUUCAUUGCACAGCCACUGGACUAUGAACAGCAGAAGAGGUACAAACUGCUGGUUCUUGCCUCAGAUGGAAAGUGGGAAGAUUAUGCUGCCGCUGUGGUAACAGUGGUAAAUAAGAACGACGAGGCACCAGUGUUCUCCAUGAAUGAAUACUAUGGAUCAGUCACAGAGGAACUUGAUGGGUCUCCGGUCUUUGUGCUACAGGUAACAGCAACUGACCCAGACAAAGAUGCAGACCAGGGGGCAAUACGAUAUUCCAUCCAUGGCCAAGGGACAGAGUCACACUUUAUGAUUAACGACAUUACGGGCGAGAUGUAUGCCCAGCGCACCAUGGACCGAGAAAAGCGUGCUGUCUGGCGCUUUGUCGUCAUGGCAACAGAUGAGGAGGGCGAGGGAUUAACUGGUUUUACGGAUGUUAUUAUCAAUGUGUGGGACAUCAAUGACAACGCACCCACAUUCUCAUGCCUGCCAGAUAAUUGCCUUAGUAGCAUCAGCGAGAACUCGCCUCCUGGAACUUUUGUUGUGGAAAUGACAGCAGUAGACCUUGACGAUGCCGCUGUAGGCCAGAAUGCAAUCCUCACCUACCGAAUUACUGAAAAUGUGCUGAACAUUAACAAUGAAGACCUAUUUUCAAUGGAUUCCAGCACUGGCACAAUAUCAGUGGCAUCUGACGGCUUGGAUCGGGAGUUAGUGGACAGUCAUCGGCUAGUCGUGGAGGCCUGCGAUGGCGGUGGAAUGACAAGCACAGCAACUGCCACCAUUUUCUUAACAGACAUUAAUGACCAUGUACCAAAGUUUCAGGAAGAGAAGUGCGAUGCUCGUGUGCUUGAGAAUGCUGAUGUGGACACUAUCAUCCUGGAGUUGGGUGCCAUUGACCCUGAUGCCGGUUUGUACAGUCAGCUGGCAUUUUCUGUGGUAGAUGGAGACCCAGAACAACAGUUCUAUAUGGUUAGCCAUAGACUGGACCAGAAGGGUGUUCUGAGAUUAAAGAGGAAACUGGACUUUGAGAAACCAGUGGAGCAAAAGUUUAACUUAACCAUCAAAGUAGAAGACUCUGACUUUUCUAGCCUUAUCCAGUGUCUGGUUGAAGUUGAGGAUGUGAAUGAUAAUGCUCCUGUUUUUGCCCAGAGUUCUCAUCUGCUCUCCCCUUUGAACGAAGAUGUAGCUGUAGGAACCACGAUCAUCCAAGUAGUGGCUACCGACUCUGACUCAGGUUCAAAUGGGGAGAUUUUGUACAGUAUUCUUCCUCAGUCUGACUCAUAUGGACAAUUUACAGUGAGUCAAUCUGGUAUUAUUACAGUCGCCCAGCCACUGGACAGAGAGACCGUGGCCAAUUAUGAUUUGGUUGUAAUAGCGAUCGAUCAAGGUAGACCAGCCCUGACCGCCAGUGUCAUUGUCUACUUGCCCCUGCUCGACGUAAAUGACAACGGUCCAGAGCUAGAGACAGUCUACCAUCCUGUGGUGUGGGAAAACAGUCCGGCACCUCAAGUUGUCAUGCUCAACACAAGCUCAACAUUGCUUCAGAUUUUGGACAGAGAUUCCCCAGAGCACGGGCCUCCUUUCCACAUCUCCCUGCCUUCAGUUUAUUCAGCUGACUUCCACCUUCAGGAUCAUGGGAAUGGCUCAGCCACACUCACAGCGCUGCGGAGAUUUGACAGGGAAAGGCAAAGCAAAUUCCUCUUGCCGGUGAUUAUGAUUGACAGUGGAUAUCCACCAAUGACUGCCACAAGUACACUUACUAUAAUCAUUGGUGACCACAAUGAUAAUGCCCAUCAGCCAGGGGAGAAAGAUAUCUACGUGUAUAGCCACAGGGGAAGGACGGAAAAUGUAAUACUGGGGAAGGUAUAUACGCUAGAUCCUGAUGACUGGGACAACAAGACUUACAAUCUCGAGACAAGUGCAGCCAAAUAUUUCAGUGUGAACCAAAGCUCAGGACUGCUGACCAUUCAACCGAACACACCAGUGGGGAGUUACUGGAUGAGUGUUGGGGUGUCUGAUAGCGUGUGGCCCGAUGUCAAAUCUGAAGUUAGAGUUCAUGUGAGGGAUCUGGAGGAAAAGGCAGUUCUAUCAUCUGCCUCACUACGUUUGACCGGCAUAACCCCAAGAGAUUUUAUCGACUCUCAUGUCGAGAGGAAGAGUCGGCUGGAGACACUCUGGGACUUUCUGUCUGAGACCCUGUCUGUCAGACCAGGCAGCAUUAAUAUUUUCAGCAUUGCCGACAGGGGGGAGAAAACACUGGACAUCCAUUUCUAUGUGCUGUCUGAGACAGGCUUCAUGCAUUCAGAGAAGUUACACGGGGCUCUUGCUGCACAUAAAAAGAAGCUGCAGUCACUGCUGUUUGUUAAUGUAAGCCAGGUGCAGGUGGAUGAAUGUGUGCAUGCUGACUGUAAAGCAUCAGGUGGCUGCACCACGCAACUGACCAUCAGCGAGUCGCCGACCCUGCUCGACUCUGGUGCGUUGUCCUUAGUCUCAGUCAAGGUGACGACCUCGGCCGUCUGUGGUUGUACCGCCAGAGAAAUGACUCAUCAAAGCUGCUCCUCCUACUCCAGUAACCCCUGCCUUAACGGGGGAACCUGCAUUGAUGCCCAGAACGGAUACAGGUGUCGAUGCCCUCCUCAACAUGAUGGGCCGGACUGCCAGCAGACAAGACGUAGUUUCCUUGGCAACGGCUACGCCUGGUUUCCUCCCAUAAAGCCGUGUUUUGAUAGCCAUCUAUCUCUGGAGUUCAUGACAGAAGAAGAUGACGGGCUGCUGCUGUAUGCUGGCCCGUUGGCCACGCUUCUGCCUGGAGAUGUUGAAGACUUCAUGGCCAUAGAGCUGAUUGGUGGAUCUCCCAAUCUGAAAAUAAACCAUGGUUCUGGUACACUUGUUCUCCAAUUAUUAAACAGUGCUGGCCUGGCUGACAGACGGUGGCAUCGCCUUGAUGUGAGGAGUAACAGUAAAGAAGUGCGCUUUACUCUGGAUCGAUGUUCCACUGCAAUUGUCAUGGAGACAGAAGGAGUGGACUCUUGGGCAAUGACAGAGGACCGCUCCUCCUGUGAAAUUCGAGGGACAACACCCAACCGGGACAAGUAUCUGAAUGCAAGUCACGUGUUGCAACUCGGAGGUGUCAACAUGAACAUAUUGUAUGAAUAUCCACAGCUACAACACAAACACUACGUUGGAUGUAUUAGAAACCUACGUUUGGACAGCAAGCUUUAUGACCUGGGUUCUCCAGCUGAAUCGGUAAACAGCGUGCCAGGCUGCUCUUUCGCGGAUGACCAUUGCACCAACACAGAGGAACAACAUCAACCUGCCUCCUGCGGCAAGACGGGUCGCUGCAAUGUUGAGUGGGGUCCUGUCAGCUGCCAGUGUGAAUCGGGCUUUACUGGGCCACAGUGUGACCAGCCGGCACCAGAGUUCUCCUUCGAUGGACGCAGCCAGGUUCAGUUCCAGCUGUUAUGGUCCCUGCCUGCGAGACAGAUAAGAGUCGAGGCUGGGAUUCGAACACGUGCCGCCUUCGGCGUUAUCUUCAGUUUGCUCUCUCAGGAACAGAGUGAAUACCUGCGUUUAGAGGUUGUUCAGGGAUUGCUGGCUGUUUUCUACAAUCUCGGAGAUGGAGACUACAACUUAACGCUGCCGUUCCAUCACCUGGAUGACGGCGACUGGCACAAAUUGGAGUUGGAUCGCUUUGGCCGAGAGUUCACCCUGCGCCUGGAUGGGGGCGGUGGGCGUCGAGAGAUAAUGGCUUCGCCUGGGCGGAGUCAGGAGAUCAUUAUUGACCCCUCUGUUGUGAUCCUUGGAAACUCUUUCCCAUCGGGACACAACAGAAGCUUCCUUGGCUGCAUGCGAGACCUGAGAUUAAGUGGUCGAUCCAUUUCCCUCGACAGGAAGCAGCCUUCAGAGGGGCUUCAGGUGGUCUCUUCUCAGGGCGUAUCCCUUGGCUGCUCUUCAGAAGCCUGCAGGAAACAACCCUGCACCCCUCCCCUCGUCUGUGUAGACCUCUGGAGGCAACAUGAGUGCAGGUGCCCUCCAGGUCACAUCACUAAGGAGAGCUCUUCAGGCAAAGCAUGCGUCUAUACACUUUGCGCCAGCCGUCCGUGUCGCUAUGGCACUUGCGUGGCUCAUUCCCCCUCACGUUACACUUGCCGAUGCAACGAAGGAUACCGUGGACGGCACUGCGAGGUGACGCUCGCCAUGUUCCAUAAUGAAGACGGGAAUAGCCUGAGCCUGAGCUCCAUGUUUGCCAUCAGCAUCUGUGUGAUGGCCUUUCUAGUGUUGAUGCUGGGCCUCUUUUUGUACUCCUGCUGGAGGAGACACAAGGGCCUGAAAGAGGGCGUGUACCACGUGUCGGCGCACCACGGCGAGUGGGAGGACAUCCGGGAGAAUGUGCUCAACUACGACGAGGAAGGAGGAGGCGAGCAGGACCAGAAUGCUUUCAACAUGGUGGAGCUGCAGCGUUCCCUCCAUCCGAGCCCAGCACAGUCGCUUCGCUACAGCUAUCCGCAAGGCAUCAUCUCCUGCCCCGAGAAUAAGCCCCCGCAACCGGACAGCAGGAAGGGGCUGUCGAACGGGAACUUGAACGGCAGCGCCAUCAUCGCUCUCCGUCUGGCCGUACCGCCCUCAGAGAGCGAGAUCCUGUCAUCCCCUCUGACACUCCGUCGCUCCAAGAAGGCCCUCUCCUUCUCCAGCCAGGACCUGGCCCGCUACCUGUGCGAGGUCAUCAGAGACAUGGAGGACCCGGAGGAACGCGGCACCAGGACCACACCCCGUCGUCCAUCUGGGAAGGAACGCGGCCUGGCGGCGGUGCGCUCCCUUAGUGCAUCUCAGGGUACAGAUAUGAGGAAUCAGGGCCCCCAGAGCAGCAGGAUGGAUAAGUUCAGAACCCUCCAAGCGAUGGUCAGUGACCUUAGGGGAGACUCCAAGCCUUCGGAGAGCCAGAGAGAUAAAGUGAAGGAGACCAGAGGACAGCUGUACUGCGGGAAGAGUGGAUGAGACACUUGAACAAAAAAAGAAGGUGCAUACAUCCCAAAGUUGCUGAUAAAUCCCAAAGGGAACUGAUGAUGGUGAAUUUGGAUGCUGCAGGCGUCCUGAGUUCUGAGUCAAUUCUAUUCUAAAUGUACUGGAUUGCUGAAAUUUUGAGCUGUGAACUUCUUGGAUAUCAAAUGAACGAACUAAUGUGAUGUAUUGUUUACUUGGCAUUGCACUGUACAGUAAAAACUCUACAGUUAGCACUUUUGGAAGCUGCUUGUGUCAAAAGUAUACUCAACAAAAAAUACUAAUGAAAGAUUUUGUUGAAAGCUUUUGUCUCUGUUACUUGGUUCCUAAAUUUACAACAACAACAACAAA